CCGCCUCAAACUCCCCCGCCACCCACCCCACUACUCCGCGACGUCUCCGCGUCUCGGUUCGCGUCCGGGUGUUGGUGGUGGUGGUUGCAACGUGAGGUGGUGGUGGUUGUUGUUGGUUGUGGUGGUUGUGGUUGUUGUGGUGGUGGUUGUGGAGAGAGGAGGAGGAAUAGAGGCGAGAGAUGAGGGAUCAGCAGCCAUUAUAACGCGACGACUGCCUUAGCAUCUCAGCGCUCACCGCACUAUUUUAAUUAUCGAGACUUGGGCUUUAAAAAAAAAAAUUUUGCGUUUAACAUCAUCGUCUUAUUCGCGGUGACCCUCGUCCACCCACCCACACACCAAUUUUACUUUAACAAAUAACAAACAAAUAAACGAAGACCAUCAUUUAAAGAUAGCCGAUUUGUAUACGUUACGAUAGGGGGGGUAGAGGUAGCUUCAGAACCACGUGGGUUUGGUGGUGGUGGUGGUUGUUGUGGUUGUUGUUGCUAGCUGCUAACACGUUGGGGAUACAAAGACGGACGGGCAGAGCCUCUGUGGCUUACAGAGAGACACAGAGAGAUGAGUGGCUGUUAAAGAUCAUUUUGCUGUUCGUGAAGGAACAGAGGCAUCAUUAGGCCACUCGAUUCUAUCUCGUUUUUGUUGUGAUCAUCACUUUGGCGGGAGCCUCGCAAUUGUAGCAAGUCAAGGUGGUGGUGGGUGGGGGGGGGGUUGAUGGAUCAGUAGAAGACGGGAGGGAGAGAGGUUUGUGUGUGUGGUCUGUGAGGGCUGCGCGCUGCGAAACUUCUUUUGCACCGCACGUUGCCCUGCAGCUUGACAGGGAGCGGUGGGUGGUGAGGUGGAGGUGAGGUGGAGGUGAGGUGGUGAGGUGAGGUGGAGGAAUCAUUGGGGGUGAGUGAAGCGAGUGAGUUUGUGGUGGUGGUGGGUGAGUCUGUAGUGAGUGAGUGAGUUAAGUGGUAGUGGUGAGUGAGUUUGAGGUGGUGAGUGGUGAGUUUGUAGUGGUGAGUUAAGUGGUAGUGGUGAGUGAGUUUGAGGUGGUGAGUGAGUCUGUAGUGGUGAGUGAGUUUGAGGUGGUGAGUGGUGAGUUUGUAGUGGUGAGUUAAGUGGUAGUGGUGAGUGAGUUUGAGGUGGUGAGUGAGUCUGUAGUGGUGAGUGAGUUUGAGGUGGUGAGUGGUGAGUUUGUAGUGGUGAGUUAAGUGGUAGUGGUGAGUGAGUUUGAGGUGGUGAGUGAGUCUGUAGUGGUGAGUGAGUUUGAGGUGGUGAGUGGUGAGUUUGUAGUGGUGAGUUAAGUGGUAGUGGUGAGUGAGUUUGAGGUGGUGAGUGAGUCUGUAGUGGUGAGUGAGUUUGAGGUGGUGAGUGGUGAGUUUGUAGUGGUGAGUUAAGUGGUAGUGGUGAGUGAGUUUGAGGUGGUGAGUGAGUCUGUAGUGGUGAGUGAGUUUGAGGUGGUGAGUGAGUGAGUCUGUAGUGGUGAGUUAAGUGGUAGUGGUGAGUGAGUUUGAGGUGGUGAGUGAGUGAGUCUGUAGUGGUGAGUGAGUUUGAGGUGGUGAGUGAGUGAGUUUGUAGUGGUGAGUUAAGUGGUAGUGGUGAGUGAGUUUGAGGUGGUGAGUGAGUCUGUAGUGGUGAGUGAGUUUGAGGUGGUGAGUGGUGAGUUUGUAGUGGUGAGUUAAGUGGUAGUGGUGAGUGAGUUUGAGGUGGUGAGUGAGUCUGUAGUGGUGAGUGAGUUUGAGGUGGUGAGUGGUGAGUUUGUAGUGGUGAGUUAAGUGGUAGUGGUGAGUGAGUUUGAGGUGGUGAGUGAGUCUGUAGUGGUGAGUGAGUUUGAGGUGGUGAGUGAGUGAGUCUGUAGUGGUGAGUUAAGUGGUAGUGGUGAGUGAGUUUGAGGUGGUGAGUGAGUGAGUCUGUAGUGGUGAGUGAGUUUGAGGUGGUGAGUGAGUGAGUCUGUAGUGGUGAGUGAGAGUGAGGCUGUAGUGGUGAGUGAGUUAACUGGUAGUGGUGAGUUUGAGGUGGUGAGUGAGUGAGGUUGUAGUGGUGAGGGAAGUUCUUUUGGUGAGGGAAGUUGUAGUGGUGAGUGAGGCUGUAGUGGUGGUGGAGGUUGUAGUGGUGAGUGAGUGAGUAGUGGUGAGUGAGUGAGGUUGUAGUGGUGGAGGCUGUAGUGGUGGUGAGUAGUGAGUGUGAGGCUGUAGUGGUGGUGAGUGAGUGAGGCUGUAGUAGUGGUGGUGGGUGAGUGGCUGAGUGAGGCUGUAGCUGUAGUAGUGGUGAGUGGCUGAGUGAGGCUGUAGCUGUAGUAGUGGUGAGUGGCUGAGUGAGGCUGUAGCUGUAGUAGUGGUGGGUGAGUGAGUGAGGCUGUAGUAGUGGUGAGUGGGUGAGUGAGUGAGGCUGUAGUAGUAGUGGUGAGUGAGGCUGUAGUAGUAGUAGUGGUGGGUGGGUGAGUGAGUGAGGCUGUAGUAGUGGUGAGUGGGUGAGUGAGUGAGGCUGUAGUAGUAGUGGUGAGUGAGGCUGUAGUAGUAGUAGUGGUGGGUGAGUGAGUGAGUGAGGCUGUAGUAGUGGUGGUGAGUGUGUGAGUGAGGCUGUAGUAGUAGUAGUGGUGGUGGGUGAGUGAGGCUGUAGUGGUGAGUGAGGCUGUAGUAGUAGUGGUGGUAGUGGAGGUUGUAGUAGUGGUGGUGGUGGGUGGGUGAGUGAGGCUGUAGUAGUGGUGGUAGUGAGUGAGUGAGGCUGUAGUAGUGGUGGUGGUGAGUGUGAGGCUGUAGUAGUAGCUGUAGUGAGGCUGUAGUGGUGGUGGUGUUGGUGUUGGAGGCUGUCACAGCCGCGGGAUGGGCCGCUCACGAAGCCGCAGCUCCUCACGCACUCGCAGCCGCCACGGCCGAGGGAAGCGUUCAUCACGACGUAGAUCUCGCUCGAAAGACCGAGGAGGUGGAGGAGGAGGUGGUGGUGGAGGUGGUGGUAGUAGUGGUAGCAAACGAGGUGGAGCAGAAGGUGGAGGAGGAGGUGGUGGUGGUAGCAGCAGUAGCGGUGUACGAACUAGUGGUGGUGGUGAUGGAAGAAGUGGUGGUGGUGGUGGUAGUAGCAGUAGCAGACGAACUAAAACAAAAAGUCGCAGCAGGGAUAGAGAUCGAGAGAGGGACAGGGAGAGAGACAGGGACAAGGAGAGAGACAGAGAUGGUGGUGGAGGUGGUGGUGGAGGCGGUGGUGGAGGCGGUGGUGGAGGUGGCAAGGCCCCAACAGAGAGACGGAGCGCUGAGAGAGUUGACCAAUUCGGACGCAAUGUAACGAAACGAAGCUUUCAAGACGACCGCGCCAAGCGAGAGGAGGAGGAGAGGCAAGCUGAACUCGAGAAACAGCGGAGGAUCCGCCAGCAGGAGAUGGAGGAGCGUCUGGUGGCGGAGGAGACGGCGCGUCGCGUCGAGGAGCUGGUGGCACGUCGCGUGGAGGAGGAGUUGGAGCGGCGGCGGGAGGAGAUUGAGCAGGAGGUGCUGCGCCGGGUGCACGACGCCAAGCGCGUCAUGGAGCGCCAGAUGCUGGACGAGCUGGAGAGGCAGCGGCAGCAAGAGGUGGCGGCGCAGAGAGCCAGAGAGGAAGAGGAGCGCAAGAAGCGUGAGGAGCUGGAGAGAAUCCUCGAGGAAAACAAUCGCAAGAUUGCGGACGCCCAGGCCAAGCUGGCGGAGGAGCAGCUGCGCAUCGUGGAGGAGCAGCGCAAGAUCCACGAGGAGCGCGUCAAGCUGGAGAAGGAGAAGGAGCGGCAGAAGAAGGAGGAGCAGAAGCUGAUCCUGGGCAAGGGGAACACGCGACCACGGCUCUCCUUCAGCCUCAAGACGCCCUGAGGGAGAGAGGGGACGGGGGGGUGUACGCGCGCGCGGGGAGAGAGACACGGAGACACGCGGAAAGACACACACAGAGACACGCGGAGAGACACACACGGAGAGAGACACGCGGGGAGACACACAGAGUGACACGGAGAGAGGAACACACGGAGAUACGCGGAGACACGCGGAGAGACACAGAGAGAGGGAGACACACGGAGAGAGAGACACGCUGAGAGACACACAGAGACACACAGAGACACACAGAGAGAGACACAGAGAGAGAGAGACACGGAGAGAGAGACACGGAGAGAGAGAGAGACAUACAGAGACACACAGAGGAGCAGAAGCUGAUCCUGGGCAAGGGGAACACGCGACCACGGCUCUCCUUCAGCCUCAAGACGCCCUGAGGGAGGGAGGGGACGGGGGGGGGGCACGCACGCGCGCGGGGAGAGAGACACGCGGGGAGAUGCGGAGAGACACAGAGAGAUACAGAGACACACAGAGAGACACAGAGACACGCGGGGAGACACAGAGAGACACGGAGAGAGGAACACACGGAGAUACGCGGAGACACGCGGAGAGACACAGAGAGAGAGAGACACACAGAGAGAGAGACACGCAGAGAAACACA